UACACAUUAUUUCAUUCAAAGUAUCAUAUAGGCUAGAUUAUGAGCGAUCGUAAAUAGUCUACCAUACGGUUCUUCGAUGCUCUGGGGUAGGAUUGUCUUUUAGGGGCUUUGGCACAAAAACAUACCCGCUGGGGGUGUAGGUUUAAUAUUAAUAAUAAGGUAUGGUUACGGAUGAAUGCAAUGCCGGAUGUUUGAACCGGGAAAUUAGAGAUGAGGGAAUGUGGAAGCAGAUCUGAAGUACAAAAAGUCCUGCUCCUGACAGACAUCCUCCCUUCUUCCGUUUCCUUGAAGUAACCACUGACCUAUCAUAGAUAUUCAAGUGUAAGCAACGGUUCUUCAAUAUUACAUAGCUUUUGCCUAUCCUUCUUGUAUACAACUGUAAUGUCUGUCUGGCAGAUGGGCUAUAUGCAGGUAGAGGAGCACAAUUCCAACAUGUUACAUCUGAAAAGGUCACCUGGCAUCCGCUCCUGGUCGCUGCUUGUAGGUAUUGCGUCCAUUGGCCUGGCUGCUGCGUACUACACUUCAGACAGUGUCCUGUGGAAGCUGUUCUACGUGACGGGCUGUCUGUUCGUGGCCAUGCAGAACAUGGAGGAGUGGGAGGAGGCAGUGUUUGAUAAAACCAAGAAUGUGAUAGAGCUGAAGACCUUCAGUCUGUACACUCUGAUUCUCACCAUGUGGAGGAGAGGCCAGGAGAAAGUGGUGCUGGACAUGAGGCACCUGCGUGCCGUGUGUGUUCAGGAGGAGAAGGUGCGCUACCUGGGAAAGGGUUACCUGCUGGUGCUGCGGCUGACAACCGGUUUCUCCUACCCCCUCACACAGAGCGCCACCAUGGGGGGGCGCAGUGAUGUGGAGGCGGUGGCUUCGUUGCUCAAGCGUUUCCUGGGUCUGGAGGAGCUCCAGUGUCGCUGGGAGCAGGAGGAAGAGGAAGAGGAGGAAGAUGAGGAAGAUGACCUGGACCCCAGCACUGACUCAGAAGAAGAGGGGGACUUUGAACCCUCAGUGCAGUAGUGAUGAGGAGAGGAAGCCACUGUAGACUUGAAAUGCACACAAACAUAUUUUACAGCAUUUCGUAGUAUUAUCCCUGAUACUGUAAAUGGCCUGAAAUACUCUCUUGAGUGGUCGUUUUCCACAGAAGAUUUAAACUAAAUCAUAGUUUGGUGUCUGGCCUGUUCUUAAAAAAAAAAAAAAUCAUUACUGUAUAGUAUCUGCGUUACACACCUAUCCUUAUAGUUACAGUGCCUUUUUAUUUCAAUGUAAUCAGUAUUUGUGUGGAAAAACUCAAAACUUCCAACAUGCCAACAGGAUAGGCAACACAUUGGUGUGUUUGAGACCACCCAAGAGCAUCACUCUGCUCACUACAACCAUCCAUCUGAAUGCAUGUGACCGUAAACUAUAAUCAAGCAUGAAGAAUUUCCAGGGAUCAGUUAAGAAUAUUUAUGAAUGUCAAUACUUGCGUGUUCAUGUGUCUGUCAGCAUUCAUAGGUCUUAUUGCUAGGGCCGAACAGAAUCCGGGAAGGACGAAACAUCUUGAAAACAAAACAUCUUAAUCUAAUCUACCAUGGUUUAAUAUUCAUAGAGAACGCUACAGAUUGUCUCAGGUAACAUUCCUGUCCAUAGACUGUAAUGUGUUAGUAAUAAUGUGUAUAUUUGACAGGAAGGCUGUAUUACAUUGCAUAUGGACGGUAAUAACUACUGUGUCUGUUUAUGAGAGGAAGGUGAGUGAUGAUGCCUUGUGUUGCUUGAAAGAAAGACGAUGAAUGAGAGAUUUGUAAGUUUAAAUUUUUUUUUAUGUGUCCAGUUCCUGCUGGAUGACUGCAGGUACUGAUUUACCUUUCUUUUU